AUGACAAACACAAACACUUCAGUUACGACACCAGUGUCGUCAUCGUCGCUGCCUACAGUUGAUCACUCGAAAUACAGACUGGUGGAGUUGACAGAUAUCAAGGAGAUCGAGCAAUGCCAUACCCGUAACUAUGUCGAAUGGGCUGGUGGGUUGACGGUGGACCAGUAUCUUCAGAGAGAAAAGGGCGUGUUUGCCAUUCUGGCCAAGUACGGGUUCAGUCUGACAUACUGGGCUUUGCAGGAGAAGAGUGAUAGUGGAGACUGGAUCACUGUUUCUGCUUGUGAAUCGGUUUGCCGCCCGGCUCUGUAUAAAGUCAAGGGUAAGCCUGUCAACGACACGAUCUCGCACUCGAUUGGGUCUGUGUUCACUCCAAAGGAAAACAGAGGUAAAGGAUAUGCCAAGAUUAUGAUGAUUUUGUUAGCAGAAAGACUUCACAGCUGGAAGACCGAGGGUCUUAGUGAGGAGCAGAUCAAUAAUUCGAUUAUCGCGCUAUGGUCAGAUGUCGGUUUGUUCUAUGGACUGUUUGGCUAUGAAUUGACUGAUGCUGAGGAGAUCAAGAUCAGUCCUGAUUACAAGUCAGAAACUGUAUCAGGUUCUGCUGCUAGCAUUCCUGAGGGAGUGGAACUGCUGAGUUCGUCAGAAGAAAUUGCCAAACUGGUUGCUCAAGACGAAGCAUACAUGGUCAAGAGAAUCGACGAGCAGACCGAGCAAGACGGAUCCCCUCGAGCCAUUAUCGCCCCAAGAGCUGGCGUUUUCGAGCACACAUUCUGGCGUUCCCGUUACAUCGGCCGUUAUCUCAACAAAACCGACGAAAAAGAACCCAGUGUAUUUGGAGCUCGAGUCAACGGUUCAUGGAUGUUAUGGAACCAGGACUACGGUUCUAAAAAACUCUACGGACAACGCAUCUUCACCGACCGAUCCAAGUACACCUCGAACGAGGAAAUCGUGAGAGAUAUCAUUAAACUCAUCCAAGCCGCAGUCAUUGAAACCAAAAAAUGGAACCUCCCCUACCUUUGCAUCUGGACCUCGGAUCUCCCUGAAGGCAUUGACGGCGACGCCAUCGUGUCAGCCUACGAGUCGACUGCCAACCCCGAGCCCAUCGUCAAGUGGCAGCGUCCCGGCUCGCUCCCCAUGUACCAUACCUCGGGCACCCGCAAAAACCUCAAAUGGGUCUUUGACGGUAAAUACGCCUGGUUUUAA